GUUCGAUUGACCCACAAAGGCAAUGUUAAACAAGACAAUUUUUUUCUGGUGCUAUUUAAGUCUUUUCUUUACAAACAGCUUAGCUUGGAGUCUAGGUAAUAUCUUUCAACUUUUUAAUCGGAACUAUAAAUUAAAAAGUGUAAAAGAAGUUAAAGAGCAUUGUGAUGAAAACCAAUUGCUUUUACAAUUAGCUCGCCUGUAUGUGACAAGUCCGGAAGGUAUAGUUUUGCUAUUGAGCACAAAAUCUUUGAGAAGCACCUGUAAAGAGGUUUCCGGUGUGCUGACUCAUAUAAAUGAUACCUUAGGAAAUAGUGAACCACCACCUCCCGAUAAUCUUUAUAUGAAACUUUACCUGGCCUUAGACUAUUUCAAUCAUUUUAUAUGUUAUUAUAACGGAAAACCAAAAACAAAACAUAUUACGGACUAUCAUGACUGCUUCCGUGAGUUACGGGAGGAUAUAGUUGAAUGUGAAGGUCCUCCUGAUUGGUUUGAAAAAUCAAAUGAAGCUGUUGUUUGCCAAUAUUUAAAUGAUAUAAUUAAUUGUAAUUAUGUUAAAUCUGCUUUGUUAUGUGGUCUAAAGUCGGCUAUAAUGUUGCGAAAUUUUUCUGCAGAAAUUAUGAAACGCGUAGUUCCGUUCAAAUGUAAAGUUUCACGCGCUCUACCUCAUGUCGAUGAUCCAAUGCCCGCCAAAGCUCCGCUUAACAGCUAUCCUGAUAAAUUGUUCUAUUGUGUAUUUGUGUUCAAUUAUUUUUACUAACUUAACGU